UGAGUGUGUGCGUUCACUUCCUGGUCAUAUGAGAGUGGGGAAACACUGCGUAUCCCGGUCGAGCUGCUCCUUACCGCUUACAGGACGGCACAAAAUCAGCUCCUUCACAGGUUUGCUUACCUGUAAUCGUGUUGUAAACUGAACAGUCGAGCCACAAGGACAACAAAGUACAGUUCUUCCUGUUCUCCUGAUUUCUGGAUUGUUUGCCGUGAACGUGGGCCAGAAGAGAGUCUGUUUUCCGUCCUCUUUUUCCGACGCAACAGGCAGAAAGCAAUUUCAAAGAGAGGACAGUGGAUUCAAUGAGGGAGCCAGAGAGGGAGGAGCAGACUGACGCCAGCAUGCCCCCCAAAUUUAAGCGGCACCUGAAUGACGACGAGGUCACCGGCUCCGUGCGUAGUGAAAGGAGGAACUUGCUGGAGGAAGACUCUGAUGAGGAGGAAGACUUCUUUUUAAGAGGACCAACUGGACCCAGGUUUGGCCCCCAGAAUGACAAAAUUAGACAGGUGCAGUCGCAGGUUGACGAGGUCAUCGAUGUGAUGCAGGAGAACAUCUCCAAGGUGAUUGAACGUGGAGAGCGCCUAGAAGACCUGCAGGAUAAAUCUGAGAGCCUGUCAGACAAUGCGUCUGCCUUCAGCAGCCGGGCCAAACAGCUACACCGGAGGAUGUGGUGGAGGGACAUAAAGAUGAAGAUGAUCGUGGCAUUAGUGAUAGUCAUAUUGCUGCUUAUUAUAAUUAUCCCUGUGAUACUACGGUAUCACUAGUUUCCUGGAUGGAGGUUGGAGGCUUCAUCUUGCUCUUCCUCCAUCCUCCUCCUCGUCCUUUGUCAUUCCUCCACACAAGAACGGGGUGCUGCGAGACACACUGAACUGUCUCACUGAAGCCUCAGCAGGAUCAUCAUCAUCGUUGGGCCAGUGAAGAGCACGAGUGUGUGUGUGUGUGUGUGUGUGUGUGUGUGUGUGUACAUGUGGGCCUGAGUCCACAUGCCAUUGCAAGCAGUCCACCCCAGAGUACAUCCACACCCUAGUGUAUCCUCCUCAUGCAGUAAAUGUAUAUACAUCGUAGUGUUUCUAAAUCUAGAAUCAGUCUUAGUCUUACGGUUUAUAUUCCGAUUUUAUUAUUAUACUGUCGUCUUGACAAAACAAAGACCUCAGCCGUUCCUCCCACGCUUACCAGCACUCGCAAACACGCACGUUUAUCAUCAUUUGUCCCCUCACAUCAUGGAAGUAGGUGACCUGCAGGAGAGGAAGCUGUCACCCUUCACUCAGUACUGUUGAUAAGAUCUCAUCAAACAUGUUAUUAGAGUUCAUCCAAGAUCCACUGGCGCAGGAAAAGAAAUGCGUCUGAACUAAACAUCAGCUUCUGUAAUCAAUUUCUCUAAAAGGAAAUACUUUUAAGUUACAUGGCAGGUGUUUCUUUUUUUUCCUUUUCUUUUUUAAUAUGAGUUAAAUGAUCACGGCUAAUUGUGGUGAGUUGUACGUUUCGGUUUUCACUUCUUAUAAAGGUUUAAGUAAACAGUUGACUAGCUCUGUUUUUUCUAAUUUGAUAAUUUAGGCAAGUUGGUUCACUGCUUUCUAUGAGCUUCAUUAAGGUGUGAGGCCAUGCAAACCUGAAUACUCAUCUGAUUACUCUUCCAGCAAUGAGGUGAUGAAACGAAUGGAAAUUCUAAUCUGUAGCUUUUUAUAUACAUUCUCACAGACACACACACACAACUCAUAGAUAUAAAACUCAGACAACCAAACGACUCGAGCUGCCUCGCUCGGAAUAUAGCCAGUAAAGUAAGAAAAGUAGAACCAGACUUAACUGCAGUAUUUUUUUGGACAGGUCAUAUGGAAACGAUAUGCUUCUUAGCAACACAUGGGAUUUUAAACGCCUUUAAUCUUGCUUGGGGAGGAACGAGCACAGUGUUUGAGUUUAGAAAGAGA